CAGAGCUACGAUGUCUGAUAAGUUUAAAGAAAGGCAAGUUAUUUACCAUGGACAGUGUCAUCAUAUGAAUUUUUCCUCUUCUGUGAAUCCACUCUGAAGCAAACAGAUUUAAUUCCAUCUGAACCAAGGAUCCACCACAUCUCCCAAGAUGGAUAAGUUUCGUAUGAUGUUCCAGUUCCUCCAGUCCAACCAGGAAUCCUUUAUGAAUGGGAUCUGUGGUAUCAUGGCACUAGCCAGUGCACAGAUGUACUCUGCCUUUGAGUUUAGCUGCCCCUGUAUGCCAGAGUACAACUACACCUAUGGGAUCGGACUGCUCUUUAUUCCACCUAUAUGGUUCUUUCUGUUGGGUUUCGUGUUGAACAAUAAUGUGUCAGUGCUCGCAGAGGAGUGGAAAAGACCCACAGGGAAGCGCGGCAAGGAUCCAACAAUCCUUCGCUACAUGUUUUGCUCAAUCACGCAGAGAUCCUUGAUAGCACCUGCGGUGUGGGUGUCUGUCACUCUCAUGGAUGGGAAGAGCUUCCUCUGUGCGUUCAGCGUCAACCUGGACAUUGACAGGUUUGGGAAUUACAGUGUGAUGACGGGGCUGUCAGAGACAGAGAAGAUAAAACUGCUGGCGAGGAUUCCAUGCAAAGAUCUAUUUGAGCAUCAGGAAAUAAGAGUGGCAGCAUCACGAUACAUCAAGUGUAUAUCACAGGCAUGUGGAUGGAUGUUUCUGCUCAUGAUGACCUUCACAGCCUUCCUGAUCCGAGCUAUUCGACCUUGCUUCACUCAAGCCGCCUUUCUCAAGACCAAGUACUGGUCUCACUACAUUGACAUUGAGCGCAAAAUGUUCGAUGAGACCUGUAAAGAGCACGCCAAGAGUUUCGCCAAGGUUUGCAUCCACCAGUACUUCGAGAACAUUAGUGGGGAGAUGCGCAGCCUCCACCACCGCCACUCGAGUGACAGCGACGAUGAAGAUGAGGAGAAGAGGAGAAGCGACGAAGACAAGCUUCUGGGUAUCAGGGCCCAGGAUGAUAUGAAUAAAAUUUUAUGGAACUGGCACACCUGUAAGCCAGCUCUGGCUCUGAGAAAGGACCAAAUGGGUGGUGAGAACAAUGGCAGACUGAAUGGAGAGGCCAAUGGAGUAGCAAAUGGAUUUGUAAAGGGACACACCCAUGAGGUGGAGAAAAAGGAAUGGGCAGUGUAUUACAGUAAGGUCUGAAAAGUUCAGCAGGACAAAGAGCAGCUUGGAUUGGCUCGUCUUUUAUUUUCAGUCACUUCGGGAAUCAUUUUAUUUCUUUUUGUAAUAGUAACUUGUCAAACUUAGUUGAAUUAGAUUGUUGAAUUAGAAUGUUGAUUAGUUGAUUUAUUUCAAUGCACAGAUCAUAUUGAUUAUUAUAUUACAUUAUAUUGAUUGAUUUCAGUGGAGUAUAUAGUUUGACUGAUGGCACAAUAUGUUAGCAUAAUGACACUGUUAACA